AAGGGCGUGUCCUCCUGUAGCAACUCAGCGUUGAUUGGUUCUCAGGGCUUCCGGCUCUCCAUUCGCGUCCCGGGAUUGGCCAGGAAACGUUCUUCUACUCACUGGGCCUGCGCAGAGCGGAGAGACAAGGAGGGGGCCUCGGGUAAAAUGGCGGCGGCUGCUGCCGGUGUGGGCCGCCUUGAGGAGGAGGCGCUGCGGCGGAAAGAACGGCUGAAGGCCCUCCGGGAGAAGACCGGGCGCAAGGACAGGGAAGAUGGGGAGCCACAGACCAAGCAGCUCAGAGAAGAGGAAGAAGAAGAUGGGAAGCACAGGGGACUCAGGCUUCGGAACUAUGUCCCGGAGGAUGAGGACCUGAAGAGGAGGAGGGUCCCCCAGGCCAAACCGGUAGCAGUGGAGGAGAAGGUGAAGGAGCAGCUGGAGGCUGCCAAGCCCGAGCCUGUCAUUGAGGAAGUGGACCUGGCCAACCUGGCACCCCGGAAACCUGAUUGGGAUCUCAAGAGGGAUGUGGCCAAGAAGCUGGAGAAACUAGAAAAGCGGACCCAGAGAGCCAUUGCAGAGCUGAUCCGUGAACGGCUAAAAGGCCAGGAAGACAGCCUGGCCUCUGCAGUGGAUGCCACCACAGGACAAGAGGCCUGUGACUCUGACUGAUGUGUUCUCCCGUGUCCCAUCUGCCCAGCACACAUGUCCUGCGGGAAGAUAGUCUUGGGCAGGAGUAGAGUUAGGCUGGCCAGCACUUCUGGGUCUCAAGAACUAAGCCAGCCCAGUCUCAACCUCUGUGGGGUGAGGUCAGCUCAUCUCCAGGGUGCCCACCACCCUGAGUGGGUCAGAGCUGAGGUCUGUACAUAUGUGUGUAUAUUGAGCUUUUUUUUUUAACUUUGGAAAUAGAGACAAAUAAACUCCCAUGUAGUAGA